UUUCCGGCACGCACGCCAUGGCCGCCACCCGCCUCAUCCACGCACUGCAGACAGGCCCACGCAUUCCGCUGCAGGCCUUCCGCAAGCUGGAGAUUGUCCAUGGCAAGGUUGGACCCGAGCAUACUGGCGCACGCAAGUUUGCCCAGAACCUCGUUCCCGUCGUCCGCUUUCACAACCCGCAGCUGUCGGUCGCCCGGACUCGCGAAGCCGAUCCGUCGGCCACCUCACGGCUAGUGCUGCACCCGAUCGACACUGACAAGAGCCCGAUUGAGCUUGAUGUCCGCGGUCUCUCUGUCGACGACAUCGUGGCCAAGCUCCAGGUCGAGGCUGCGGCCUAAGAGCUGGAACGCUUCGCUCUCAGGUGGGCAGGUCAAUCCGGCCUACUCGGGCGGCAUCUUCAGCAACAGCGGCUGCUGGCAACGUCAGCGGCAGGGCUCAGCACCCCGGACUCAGCACCCCGGGCUCAGCUCACAGUUCACAUGUAAUACACACUCUCGCCUUCGA